AUAUAUCUCUGAAAUGGCUCUACCCAGACAAAGAGGGGCAAUGAACAUAGGCUUCCAAUGUGGUGUUGGUAUUGGAGUUCUUGCAGCAAACCUUAUCAAUUUUGGCACUGAAAAGAUCAAAGGUGGUUGGGGAUGGCGUGUCUCCUUAGCUAUGGCAGCAGUCCCUGCAUCAAUUCUAACACUGAGUGCAAUUCUUCUUCCAGAAACCCCCAACAGCUUAAUCCAACGUGGAAAUGACAACCAGAAGGCCAAACACGUGCUGCAACGCAUACGAGGCACCACUGAUGUUCAAGCAGAACUCAAUGAUCUCAUCAAAGCAAGCUCAAUCUCGAAAGCCAUCAACCACCCUUUCAAGAAAAUUAUACAAAGAAAAUACAUGCCUCAACUAGUGAUGGCAAUGGCCAUACCAUUCUUUCAACAAGUGACAGGCAUCAAUGUCAUCACAUUCUAUGCUCCAAUAUUAUUCAGGACAAUUGGCUUAGGUGAGAGUGCUUCUCUCAUGUCUGCAGUGGUAACAGGCCUUGUUGGCACUGCCUCUACAUUCAUAUCAAUGCUAGUAGUAGACAAGCUUGGCCGAAGAACAUUAUUCAUGAUAGGGGGAAUCCAAAUGCUUCUGUCACAAGUAAUAGUCGGAGGUAUCAUGGCAGCACAGCUAGGGGAUCAAGGUGGGUUAAGCAAAGGGUACUCAUACUUGGUUUUAGUCUUGAUAUGCACAUAUGUUGCUGGGUUUGCAUGGUCAUGGGGUCCCUUGGGAUGGUUAGUUCCCAGUGAGAUUUUCCCAUUAGAGAUACGAUCCGCCGGGCAGAGUAUUACAGUGGCAGUGGGUUUUCUCUUUACUUUCAUUAUUGCCCAAACAUUUCUAUCCAUGCUUUGCCACUUAAAGUCAGGGAUUUUCUUCUUUUUUGGAGGAUGGGUGGUGGUGAUGACUGCCUUUGUGUUCUUGUUGUUGCCUGAAACUAAGAAUGUGCCUAUUGAGCAGAUGGACAAAGUGUGGAAGGAACACUGGUUUUGGAAAAGAAUAGUGGGGGAAGUCGAUGAAAGCACCAAGACACAGAGCACAACACAAUCAAUGCAAGCUAUUUAAAUGGAAUUUGGGUUUUGAAUAAACAAUCCUAUUUCUUGUUGUUGCAUAGAACACUAGGAACUUGAUGGGUUUCUUUUGUUAAUUCUUGUUCUUUACAAUACAGAGAUAUCUGCAAA